AUGAGUGAUGCCGGCGGGAUAGCUCCGGAUCCAGUCAUUGUAAAUAUGGAUAGUCUUAGUGAAGACAGAUGGAGACCAUAUGACAGGCCUAGAAUACGGCAUGUCACCGGCAUUCGAAUCCACCAAUUAACACUUCCUGAAUCCCUCUCUUACGCAUCUAGACUUAUCCCUUCAACUUCAGAGGAUGAGGAUGGAUACACUUUAUCUCCUUUGGGAGAGAGUUCACGAUCUUUCUCUCACCGUCAUCGAAGAUCGAGCAAUGCUUCAUCAGCUUCAUACCCUUUCCCUCGUCGACAAAAUUUAGAUAAAAGAGAACGGUCAUCUUCCACAUCGACUACACGUCCAGUAGAACCUUCAUCUCCGACUGUGUCAAUACAUCACACAGCUCCAAAAACGAGAUUCACUAGAGCUAGAGCACCUACUCUGGCCGGAGAGGUAUUAGAGCAUAUCCAUGAUCAUGAUACGGAUUCAUCUUUGAUAAGUUCGGAAAGUAAAGAACAAGAACAGAUCAACUCGUAUGAUUAUGAAGAUCGUAAACCUCUCAAAUGCUUCAUCACCUUGACAUUACCUCCUUCACAACUGGACGUACCGAAAGAGAGGGAAGAUUCAAGGAGAAGGACAAAGAGCGACGAGAGAGAUUUAAGAAGUGGUGAUUCACUUCGUAGAAUUACAAGAACACCUUCAUCACAUUCAAUAUCCGUUCCUAAUACGCCUACGAAACCAAGACUGAAACACACUUUAUCAUCGUCUUCUUCCAAUUCUUCCAUCAUGACUCCAGAUCAACCUCGCUCCAAAACUGUAUACCUUAACUUACCUGAAAAAUCCUCCAAUGGGAUAGGUAACGGUAGAGCGCAUUCCACCAUGGGUCAUUCCUUAGGUAGAACAACAUCACGCUUGAGCGAUAAUGUAUCCUUACAUUCUUACAACGGAUCAACAGCACCGAGUACAUUCAGAGCUCCAAACCUGUUAAAAAAGUCAGGACCAAGUCUAAGUAUAAGUCACCAAAUAGCAAAUAGUCAUUCGUCCCCUACUCAACUCACUCUCUAUGACAAUCCAUCUCCGCAUCUGAAAGCUAAAACAUCUCGCGAAUCGUUAAGGAAAGAAGUAAAGAACAAAGCCGUACCGGAAAUCCAGAUACCUUUUUAUGUCUCACCUAUACAUCACCCUUCUACACAUCCAAGAUUCGUAGGAUUAGAAUCUAGUGAUUUUGCUGAUUGGUUGACUUCGACUCAAAGUGCAACGGACGAAAUGAUACUUGAAGUAUGGGUAGAAAUGAGUCCUGAUAAGUGGACGAAGAUAGAUAGUGUAGGAGGAAAAGUGAACCUGUCUGAAUUGAGAAAAGGUCAAUCAAAACGCACAAAUGGGAUUGAAUUCACUCUCUCUCAUGAUUCGAAAGAGAUCUACCAUGUAGCCAAUUCUGAUGAGGAUGCGGAAGAGGAGCAGGUCAAAUCGGGAGCGAUAGUGGAGAGAAGCCUGAGAGAAACUAGGAUGAAAAAAGGUAUUGGCGUAGGAGGAUUACAUCAGCUGGUCAAUCUACAAGCUGUUAUAUCCGACACAGAGAAGAGUAUUGAACAAGUAAGGUGGAAUAUAGAUACGCUAUUGAUACAAGACACGGAUUGGAGAUGUCUGAAACGGGAUAUAUCAGAACGCCGUUCAAGGAUAGAGUGGUUGAAAUCUAAAGUUGCUGAAGUCGAAAAGACUACAAGAGAAGUACAAGCGAGGAUUACGCUCAACCAACAGGGUAUCGAUAUCCGACGAGAUAAUUUGCAAGGCGCUCAAGAAGCUGAUGAGCUUCGGAUGGGAAGUGGAAGGGAUCUGGAGGUCGAGAUCAGGAACAUGGAAUCCGAAAGGCAAUCCCUUGAAUCACCUACUCAUACUCUUCGAGCUCAUCACAUCCAGACGCUUGAUUCGUUGUUCCCAAUUCAAUCUCUUGAUCCUGCUCAUCUACUUUACACUAUCUUAAAGGUACCUCUACCGAUUCCUGUUGGAACGAAAGAUCCCGCACCUCCCCUUUCAUUGCCAGAAUACAAAGUGGAUGAGAGAACUACAGCGGCAGCUUUGGGCUACGUAGCUAUGGUAGUUCAGAUCUUGGGUAACCUGGGUGGUGCAGUCGGUGGUUUACCAUACACUAUCACUUGUGCUGGAAGUAGAAGUGCUGUAAGAGAUGGUACAGGUGUAAUGCAAGGGCCGAGAUCAUUCCCCCUUUACGCGAAAGGGGUCGAGAGAUAUCGAUACGAAUAUGCUGUAUUCCUGCUUAAUAAGAACAUCGAAAUGAUAAUGUCAGAGAAUAACAUUCGGCUCUUAGACUUGCGUCAUACCUUACCCAACUUGAAAAACCUGUUAUUGACACUAUCGUCACCAAAUUUACCACCUCCCAUAUCGAGAAUGGGUUCAAGAGCCGUAUCUUACCGCUCAGGAACACCUACUUUGCUCAAUGGCGGUGGGAUUGGCGGAUGGUCGAGAAGCUCUUCUGCCGCCUGGCAAAGUACCCUUCGAUCACCAGGUGGCUCGACUAUCGGUGACAGUCCUUCGAAAUCUGCUUUACCGAGUGCAAGUCCAUUGCGAGCAAUUCAACACCCUUCGGAGAGGAGAUCAGAGAGCAUGAAGAACGAGGUUGAGCUAGGAAGUGACGAUGAGACUGAUGAAGAGGAUUAUGGCAGCUCCCUAAAAGAUGAAGUCGUUGCUUGA